AUGACGACCAUCGUUCAUUGCCUACGCACGUGGAAGCACUACUUACUUAGCUCCAAGUUCUUAGUCAAGACCGACAAUGUGGCCACUAGCUACUUCCAAUCACAAAAGAAGCUCACACCAAAGCAAGUUAGGUGGCAAGACUUUUUGGCCGAGUUCGACUAUGAAUUAGAGUACAAGCCAGGCAAAGGCAACAUUAUGGCCGAUGCCUUGAGCAGAAAGUUCGAGCUGGAUGCCAUCACUACAGCACGUUGUGACAUCCAAGAUGCAAUCAAGGAUGGACUGCAGCAUGAUCUAGAGGCAAAGAGGCUUAUGGAGUUAGACGCUCAGGCAAGACAAGGUGGAGCAACGUCAACCAGGAGAACUCUUGGAACCCUUGCCCAUAGUGAAGCGUCCAUAGGAGAGCGUGACCAUGGACUUCAUCACUUGCAUGACGAAGUCCAACGGCGGAGAGAGGCCACAGGGCGGACACCGUUUGAACUAACCACAGGCCAACAGCCACAAACUCUACAUUCACUACCGGCUGCAUUCGAGGGCAAGAGUUUGGGGGAUUAUCAUAUGGCCAAGGGCUUUGAGGAACAGCUCGACACCGCCAAGUCUUAUUUGGAGAAGGCAAAGAAAAAGAUGAAAAAGUUUGCCGACCGCAAGCGUCGCCCCACAGAUUACAAAAUUGAAGACAUGAUCUUGGUCAAGUUCAACCCAAGGCAAGUUAAAGCAUUGCGAGGCAUGCAUCAAAACUUGGUACGAAAGUAUGAGAGCCCGUUCAGGAUCGUUGCCAAGGUUGGCAAGAUCUUAUAUAGGUUGGAGCUACCACCGCAUUUGAAGGUUCAUCUUGUCUUCCAUGCUAGUGUCCUCAAGCCGUACCAUGAAGACAAGGAUGAUCCUAGUCGAGGAGAAUCAAGUCGGGCGCCACUCACAAUUACCGCCUUCCAUGAUCGAGACAUCGAGGCCAUUAUGGACUACCAAGCCAAGCAAAAACGAGGGCAACAAGCCACUGCUAUGUUCCUAGUCCAUUGGAAGGGACAAUCUCCAGAGGAGGCCACAUGGGAGAGAUAUCAAGACCUGUGGCAAUUUAGAGAUAAAAUUCGAGAGUUCUUACAACAGCAAUGCGUCGCGGUCGUCGCCACAUCAGGUGGGGGAGAAUGUUAUGACUCGACACUUGAUCUUGAAAAAGGGAGAAGAACCUAG